UUUCUUUCUUGAAUUAAACUUUUGCGGACGAAUAUGGCUGCACCAUUUUCGCCCUUCAAAAAACUACAGAUGACGUCAGGGAUUAACGUCCUAGUUUUUAUCAUUUAGUCAAAAAGCGGAAGUUCCGCCCCUCAGACUCCGUCGAUGAUGCUAACUGCUACAACAUGCACUGUCGUUAGCUUGUUUGUGGUACCUAGCUGCAUCGUAAGCUAAGCUUGCUCCGAGCGCGCCUUUUCGACAUGUUACAUUCAUUUCUAACACAGAUGGCUCAAUGCUAACGCCGCAUUUUGCAUUUUAGACCAUUUGUCUUUUUUACGUUCAUUAUUACAGCAACAAAAACACAAUUCCGCCGCCCCCUCCCCAUUUUUUUUGCUAUAUCCGACGAACAAAUCAUAAACUGAAAUGGCUUGCUGUGCUCCGAAUUGUUCUAAUAGACACUCGAACUCUGGUUUGAUCAGUUUUUUUCGUUUCCCAUUAGGAGAUGCUGUCCGAUUGGACAAGUGGAUGAGGAACAUGGGUAGAGACGAUUGGGUUCCGAAAAGGAAUUCCCGGUUGUGUAGUGUCCACUUCAAUGUUCAAGAUUUCAUCAUGGACUACAAGGGUAGAAUGACUCUUAAAGACACAGCUGUUCCGACUAUAUUUCUGAAAACUCAGAGCACUGGUUGCAAACGUGGUCGCAGACGUGGUCGGUCUGAUUACAGGAGACUGGUGAACGAAAAUCAGAAGGAACUGGAAGAAACAGAAGGAGAGUCAGUCUUAGAAUCUGAAGUAUUAGUGGACGUUGAAGACACCGAAACAGGACCUUUUUCCUCCAGACUUUUUGAACUGGAGGAUAAAUCUGUUGAAAAUCAGGACAGUCAAGAAACAAACCAUAACAAUAGUGCUGCAGAGGCUUUCAUCCCUGCUGAAUCUGAAGACCUAGAACAAGUGGGCAUGGUUGGCGAUGCUCGAUUGGAGACACAGGAGUUACAAACGUUGAAGAAGCCUGUAAAGCAGGACAGCAGUUCAGAAGUUCUGCCUGCAGGAAAAACAAAUGCUGACACAGCUGAGUGCAGGAAUGACAAGAGGCCAACAAAUGACAAUCCAGAUGAGGAAGGUGACAGCUCAUUCAGCAACAAGUCCUCCUGCCAGAAGCCCGUGGUUUCAACGGCAGACUUGGAUGAGAUGAUGGACAUGGGUAUUGUGGAGCAGAUUGACCAGGAGGCUCAGAUGAAAGAAGAGGAACAGAGGAGUUUGGACAGUCAGUCAGCUUCUAACUCAAGUAAAGACGACCAGCUGUCUCCGGAGGAAGAAACUGACGUGAAACCAACCGCCUCCGAUUUAAUGCAGUCUUCGGAAGCCAAUGCAGGAGGAGACGAUUCAUCGCCCCAGAUGAUGCUGAACGGGGUAAAAGAGAAGAAUUUGUCUGCUUCAUCCCAAACACUCGAGGCGUCUUCUCCUCCCCCUUUGGCCAAAGUCAAGGACGAGCCGGUAGACGAGGAGUACGACCAAGCACUGGUGUCUUCUGUGUCUGUCAAAGAUGAGCCUGUCAAGGAGGACCUAAAGAUUGGAUCGGUGUUCUCUGUGACUCCAGCAGGAGACCUCCAGUCCAGCUCAUCGCAGCACAUGUUCUGCUCCCACUGCGGGAAACACUUGGUGAAAGGGCAGACUGCGUUCCAGAGGAAGGGCUCGCCAGCGCUCUUCUGCUCCACCAUCUGCCUAGAGACACAUUUGCCCGCUGCCAAAGGAGCCACAAAGAUGUGCAUUACCUGCCAAAAGGUAAUAUUUCGGCCUCAAGACGUCAUCCUGGCUCCAGAUGCAAAAGGAGCCAUGCAGAACUUCUGCAGCCAGAGCUGCCUGACCUCUUCCAAUGCUAAGAAAAGCAGCAGGCUGGCCCAAAACCAACAGAACCAGUUCCUCUGCAGCAUUUGCACACAAUAUGGCACUACCAAGCAUGAGGUGGUGUUGAAAGGAGUCGUCCACAAGAUGUGCAGCGAUGUGUGCUUCACCCACUUCCGUAACCUCAACAGCCUGUCCAUGUCCGGUUGUGCCAGCUGCGGAUCGUGCUCCCACAACAAGCCGCUCAUGCUGAAGAUGGAAAGCAGCUGCAAAACCUUGUGCAACACAGAGUGUUUGGCCAAAUUCAAAGAGAAAACAAAGAUAAGUCAGCCGUGCACGAUGUGCCGCACCCCCCGUCUGUUGGGACAGAUGAUAGAAAACAAGAACGCGGACGACUCUGUGAAUCUCUUCUGCAGCACCAGCUGUGUGAUGGCCUUUAAAGUCCAGUCUGUCAGCUCCUCAGGCGCUCAAAUAAACUGCGACAGCUGCGGAAAAACCACGGUGCCGUCCUACCACCUGGCUAUGUCGGACACCUCCAUCAGGAACUUCUGCUCUCUGCAGUGCGUCAUGGCUUUUCAGGAAAAGUUUAAGAAGAACCAGGGAAAGGUGAACUUUUUCCAGAAGCUGCCCAUCGAAUCUUCUCAGACGCAAGCCGUCACUUCUCCUCAGCCCCCGCCGCAGAAUUCUAAAGAAACGCUCAAACUGAAAUGCUUCCAGUGCAACCAAACCAUCAUGUUUAAACCUGAAUAUUUUCAGAUCAAGGACAAGAUUGUUUUCCUGUGCAGCUCUGACUGCGCAAACGAGUACAAGAAGGCCAACUUUGUGAUGAGCCUGUGUGAAUACUGUAAGAUUGAGAAGAUCGCCAACGAGGUUAAAAGGGUUAAUAACAAAAUCUGCUACUUCUGCAGUGACGGAUGUAAGCUGCUCUUUAGGCACGAUCUGAGUAAAAACUGGGGCAAACACUGUCACUCCUGCGCCUACUGUCACUGCGUGUCAAAGAAACUGGUGACGGCUCAGUACGGAGGCUCGUCUGAGGAGUUCUGCUCAGAGGACUGCAGGCAGAAAUACACCAUGCUCUUCUGCCAUGUUGCAAAGUGUGACACCUGUGGGCGCAAAGGGAAGCUAAAGGAGAGUUUUGCUUUCCUCAAAGAGGUCAAACAUUUCUGUGGCCUCGGCUGUCUCCUCAUGUUCUGCACAAAAAAGGUGGCCACACAGGGAAAAAUCGUCAUUGGUAAGGUGGAGGAGACGCCUGUUAUAGCCAACGUCAUGUCUCUGGCAAGCUCAUCGAAAAGCAAAACCAUCACUUCUGACAGAUCUGCUCAACAAAGUACAGUGACUAAAAAGAGCUCUGGACAUAUCAGCAUUGCGACAGAAACUACAAAAUCCCAUCCUCUUCCCCAUCCGGGGAUAAAGGUUCUGAAGAACAAGGCUCUGCUUUGCAAGCCGCUGGUGCAGAACAAAGGGGUGUCCUGCAGGACGCAGACGGUGGAUGCACAGGCACAGACAGAUGAAGUCCUUCCAAACAUCAUGGUCCUGCCAGUUCCUGUUCCAGUCUACCUCCCAGUACCCAUGAACAUGUACAGCCAGUAUACUCCCAAACCUGUGGGCCUGCCGCUACCCCUGCCCGUGCCGAUGUUUCUGCCCGUGACGAUGGAUAACGCUGAGGGCAUCAUAGAAACCAUCCAGGAGAUCAAGGACAAGAUUCCCUCGGAUCCGUUUGAGGCGGAGCUCAUCCUCAUGGCUGAGAUGGUGGCAGAGCAGAGUGACAAAAGCAGCAAGCCGGACACACAGAAAGAAAAACUGCUGCAAACAGAAGCAGAGAAGCAAGAAGUGCUUCCUUCAGAUGACCACAUCAGUAACUGCAGUGACUUGGACACAGAUGACCUGGCGAGUUUGCUCAACAACUGGGAGGAGGCCUCCUCUGAUGCAGGAACUUGUAGGCCUGCAAGCCUGUCAGGUGCCUCCUCCUUGGAGAAGACCAGCACAUUGGCAGAUGCUCUUGCAGCCGAGCAAAGUGAGCCUCUCCCUGAGGCUCCGCCUCCAGGCCCCCCUCCCAUGGACAUUGAGGCGGACUUCACUGUUGAAACUUUGGAAACGAUGGUCCAGGAAAGACAGAAGAUCGACAAACCUCACAGUCCUGCUUCUGCAGCUUCACGACGACGACAAGCCCACAGAAAAGCCAGAGAAAAGAAGGGUCGUAAGUCACGGUCAUCAUCUAAAGCUUCUGAGCCAACCUCUGAUAAACCCCAUCCUAAAAAAACCAAAGAGAUCUUGAAGCUGAAGAGCCAGUAUGGAGUUGAUGCGUGGAAGCGAUGGAUCCAGUGGAGGCAGACUCAGCCAGACCUAAAGAAGCCUCGCUUUGGCAGUCGACAGCUGGAGCUAAAGGAGGAUCUUCUGCGCUGCACCACAGCUGAGCUCAGCUACGGUCUGUGCUGCUUUGUCACUGAGGUGAAACGGCCCAACGGAGAACCCUACUCCCCUGACAGCCUGUUCUACCUCUGCCUCGGGAUUCAAAAAUAUCUGUUUGAGAACAGCCGUGUGGAGAACAUUUUCAUGGACCGUUUCUACAGCAAGUUCUCUGCAGAGUUCACCAACAUGCUGAGAGGUUUCCAGCCAGCAAUCACACCCAGCGGUUAUGUUCAUUCCCGGGUGGAGGAGGAGUUCCUGUGGGACUGUAAGCAGCUGGGGGCUUACUCCCCCAUCGUCCUGCUCAACACUCUGCUCUACUUCUGCUGCAAGUACUUUGGUUUCACCACGGUGGAGCAGCACCGCCAGCUGUCUUUUGCGCACGUAAUGCGCUGCACCAAAACCAACCAAGACAACACUAAGACCACCUUCCUGCGCUUCUACCCCCCCAUAGCCAUGAAUGAAGCAGACACAGAUUCAAAUGGUGUUCCAGCAAAAAGGAAGAAAGAGGAAGAGAAUAAAGAGGAGAUCCUGGAGAUGAUGGAGAACACGGAUAACCCUCUUCGCUGCCCCGUCAGGCUCUAUGAGUUUUAUCUCUCCAAGUGUUCGGAGCUGGUGAAGCAGCGCACCAACAUUUUCUACCUUCACCCCGAGCGCUGCUGCGUGCCCAACUCUCCAUUGUGGUUCUCCUCCACCCCUCUGGACGACGACACCAUGGAGGCCAUGCUCACCCGCAUUCUCACCGUCCGAGAGCUGCACCCCAGGAGCAAGAGAAGCAGACGCGCAGCAAUGCAGGACCCGCCGUUUCUACCAGACGAGGAGGAAGAGGAGGAUUCCGAUUGAAGAACCGAAGUGACCUUUUUUCUACAGAGAUGAUAUAAAAGCGGAAUCAGUCAGAGUGGUCCUCAGAAAAGUGUAGAGCUGGGACACAUGUUGAAAUGCACACACAUGUUGGCACCUCACGCACACCACUGACUGCUGACUUUGUGUUCUCUUGUUGUUGUUUGUUGUGACCACAGCAACAUUUGAUUUGAUCCAUAGUUUAAGUUCACCCUGGACUUGGUGGCGUUGAAUGUUUCCAGAGCGCUGGAGGUCAAUAACAAAUGUGAUUAUCAGCUACAUAAAGGACAUGCAGCCUAUUUCAGAAAUUCUGCACUUUUUUGCAAAGUUCUUUUACUUUCCAUGCAAUUCGUGUGGAUUCACUAAACCCUGAAGUUGAUUCAAGUACAAAUCCUGAAAGAAAAAGCAGUUGGAUGAUGUUAAAAAGGAAAAUUGUAUGAUAUUUGCAAAUAUUCUUCAUUUUCUUCCAAAGGUUUUCAUCAAGUCAAUAGAAACAAACAUUUACUUGUUCAUUAUAUUCCACAUUUAGCCAAUUCUCCAUGAUUUGGUUGCACAGUUGUUGCAACAGUGAAUGGCUUUGAUUGAAAUGACACUAAAAGCUGUUUUUUUAGACAAUGCUAUUGAAAUAUUUGAUCCUCAAACCAGAUAUUACUGUGUAGAAAUGAAGCAAAUUCCUGAAGAUCACUGUGGAAAUGUUUUAAGGUGUUUGCAAAAGCCACCUGUGUUUUGAAGAAGGACCCCACACACAUGUUCAUUUUGUUUGUGUUCGUCAUUGUUUUGUUUUUUACUCUAUACUUUUUGUAUAAAAAACUAAAACAAGUAAA